GUAAACACAAGGCAGGAUUAUAUUCUUGAGUCGACCCUGUCAGAAAAUAGGCCAUCUUUAAUGGCGACUUUUCUCAAGCAAGACACUGGUGAUUGUCUUUAGGAACAGCCCGGAAGAAAGCAGACGAUGAACAAUCGACGGUCCAUUUUGUCCACCAAGGUACCCGAAGUAAUAACUCAGCACCAGGAGUUCCGGAAUGGUGUGAGUCUUAACUCUGUGUCACCUGUACAGAAUGAAAGUAACCGAGAGGAGAACAGUGCUGCACAGAGCACUAGUCUUAAUGACAGAACCGGCCAAGCUGCUCAUGGAGAGACGCAGCGAAACUGUGAAACCCAGAAAGAACCAUUUCUUGUGGCAAAGCUUAUCGCAAAGAAACCCUACAUAACUUUUGGUGUUACCCUUGGGAUGCACAUUUCCAUGAUUGUUAUAAGUAUUAUCCUGUAUUUCUCCGGCUACGAUAUUUUGCCUAUCAAUUUUGAUUCAAUUCCGAUCAACUUACAAAGCAGCAGUGUCUAUCUCAAACAGGAGGCUUGGAAACACCGCGACAAGGACUCUAUUCUUUACGACAGAGUGGAUGGUGGGGCAAAUGUCACGGAACGGUCGGCAAAGUAUGACCGCUUAUCCAUUCAGUUCAUGUACGAAAAGACGAACGGGAACGUGUUUACGGCAGAUUGUUUGCGUGCUAUCCGGGAGUUUGAAGAUGAUUUGUACAAUGACCCGGUGUACAGGUCUGAGUUCUGUCACCUUAACAAACAUGACAAGUGUGAAAAACCCUUUUCUAUCAUCCGACUUUUUGACGGGACUUAUUCCCCAAUCUUUAACGACACAAACUUUGAGCACAUCCCCGAGGUGUUGUAUAUGGCGGAUCGCCACCCUCUCACCAGAAGGCAAUUUCAGUUUUUUCUGGGAAAAGACAGUAUUGUGAAUGGCUCAGCCAGCAGCACGAUAUCUUCCAUUACACGGUCCUUGUUCUUCUUCGGCUAUCCAUUGAAAGGCUUCCACACACUUCGAGACGAGUCCAGGGUUCAGUACAAUAAAGUAGGGGACCACAUCAUACAAACCUACGCUAAAAAAUGGGCGGAAUUGUCCAAAACAGGGCUGUCCGGUAUGAAAUUUAUGUACAUGAACCAAAUAAUAUACUGGCAUCUGAUCAAUUCCCAGGUGAAGUAUGACAUGUUAUUCAUCAUCUGUAGCUUCGCUUUCAUCUUCCUAUUCAUGUGGUUUCAGACUGGCUCUCUAUGGUUGUCAGUCUGGGGAAUGCUCAAUAUCCUCUUCAGCUUCGUCAGCGGUAACUUCAUCUACAAUGUGAUACUUGACUUUAAAUAUAUCGGUAUUUUGCAUGUUCUGUCCAUUUUUAUUCUGCUGGGUGUCGGCGCGGAUGAUGUGUUUAUAUUCUGUGACGCCUGGAAGUUAACCCAGGACAAUCAAGGUGACCUUGCGCAAAGACUGUCACGGUGCUAUGGACGUGCAGCGGGUACCAUGUUUGUCACGUCUGUUACAACAGCUGCCGCUUUCUUUAUCAACUCCGGCUCGCCAAUACUGGCCAUGUCCUCGUUUGGCACAUUUGCUGGCGUCACCGUUAUUGUGAAUUAUAUGUCCAUUAUUCUGUUUUACCCCAGUGUUGUUGUAGUCUGGCACCUAAAAUGGGAACACACAGGCUGCUGUUGUAAGAGCAGCCGCGAUAACCCGAAACGGGAUGUCAAGUCUUGCAAUUCCAGACUCCAAGACACCAUUAUCCGUUUCUUGUCCAAUAGUUACUUCAGGUUUCUCUCAAGUAGAGUGGUUCGUGUCGGAAUUAUUUGUAUCUUCACCGGCCUGGUGUCGACAUUGAUAUUCUUCACUACAACACUUGUCCCAGACGAUCAGCAGCCUCGGGUCAUGAAAAAGUCUCACAACAUUGAGCAGUUUCAAGACAAGAACCUCAACGCCUUCAGACCCAGUGGGGAAGACAAAGUGAUCAAGCUGUACAUUGUUUGGGGGAUUAAGCCUCAGGAUCAAAGCAUGUGUCAUCCGCGCAGGUUUAAUGAAUCCUGCACCGGAAGUACUGUCUGGGACAAUAGUUUUGAUAUGAACCCGCCACCAGCACAAGCUGCCAUUCUAGAAUUUUGCCGGACACUGCGUCAAGCCCCAAAGGAACUUACAUCGAAGUUGGGCAUACGGCGAGAUAUUGUGUCUGAUGUUCCUGAGGUGCGUUGUUUCAUUGAGAGGAUUGACAAAUUUCUCAGGAGAGAGACGUCCAACACCUCGGCCGAUCUAAGCCUUCCGACUACAGAGAUGAAAAUGAGAAAGUUUAUGCAGGCAAACAGUAAUCUGUACAAUAUGAGUGACGUGUCUGACAACUUUUAUCGCUUUUUUGAGACUGCGUAUUCCUAUUGGAUAUCAAACAAAUACAGUGGUCGACUAACGACAGAAGAUGAAAUUUAUCAGACCUACAUAGGAGAAUCCCUCGAUUCACGUGACUCAGCAGAUAUAAUUGGACGCAAAGGGGUCAAAUUUGGAACUCGACUACGUUAUGCAAUGGUUGCGACAAAUUUGACUUUCGGUAUCUCUGGGACUUUCUUUGAGGAUGGAUUAGGAUACUACAACAACUGGGAAGGUUUCUUGACAAACGAGACAAAGAGCAUGCCUCCAUCAGUACAGCAACCUUUUCACGCCACUAAUUUUGCGUGGCAGUGGUUCCACAUACAGAAGGCUCUGGUACAGCAAGGCAUCGUCAGCGUGGUCGCUGGUGUUGCCGUUGCCUGGGUGAUCCUCGUGCUCAGUUCUGGUAACGUCAUCGUUGGAACCAUGGCAACACUUACUAUAGCAUCCGUAACAGUUUGCGUGGUGGGUCUGAUACCGCUGGUGGGCUGGAAACUGGGGGUUUUAGAAGCCUUAAACAUGAGUCUGGUAGUAGGGUUGUCGGUGGACUAUGCUGUUCACUUAGGGGUUGCAUACACAUACGCACCUUUCACAGACAGGAAGCGAAGGGUUCGACAUGCGUUGGGAGAGAUAGGCCUUUCCGUCAUAUCCGGUGCUCUGACAACAUUGGGAUCUGGACUAUUUAUGAUGUUUGCCGAAAUAAUUUUCUUUAUGCAGUUUGGAAUAUUUAUAUUUGCAACAAUAGGUUUUUCCAUUGUGUUUUCGAUGACUAUUUUUCUGGUUGCCCUUUCUUUAAUUGGGCCACAGGGAAACAUGGGUGCAACUGCACCCAUUCUGCGUGCUGUAAAAUAUAAAUUCAUUGGCCGGAAACAGAAUGACGUUACAUGCGAACAGUGUCAAGGUCAAGGUUUUCAUUCAAAUGUUUUAAGGGAAAGUACUGUGAUCGAUAAGGAAACGACUGAUUUAUAA